UCCGCCGGAGGGUUCCGGUGUUCCCAGGUUGCCGCGCGCGAGUAUUUUUUACCUGCGGCCGUUCGCAGGAAUUUUUUUUCUUUCUACUAUCCGUCGGGUUGUGCGCCCAUCCCGCCCGCAAUCAUGACGGUGGGUAAGAGCAGCAAGAUGCUUCAGCAUAUCGACUACAGAAUGAGAUGCAUUCUUCAGGACGGGCGCAUCUUCAUUGGAACCUUCAAGGCUUUCGACAAGCACAUGAACCUCAUUCUCUGUGACUGUGAUGAAUUCAGGAAGAUCAAACCAAAAAACUCCAAGCAGCCCGAGCGGGAGGAAAAACGUGUUCUUGGACUGGUCUUGCUUCGAGGUGAAACCUUGGUUUCCAUGACUGUGGAAGGACCUCCUCCCAAAGACACUGGAAUUGCUCGUGUGCCUCUUGCUGGCGCAGCUGGAGGUCCUGGUAUUGGCCGGGCAGCGGGUCGUGGUGUUCCUGCUGGAGCACCAAUGCCACAGGCCCCAGCUGGAUUAUCGGGUCCUGUGCGAGGAGUGGGAGGACCAUCUCAGCAGGUGAUGACACCUCAGGCACGUGGAACUGUUGCAGCAGCUGCAGUCACAUCCAGUAUUGCGGCAGCACCUCAACAAUAUCCACCAGGCCGUGGAGGCCCACCACCAAUGGGACGAGGAGCUCCGCCACCAGGUAUGAUGGGUCCUCCCCCUGGUAUGAGGCCACCUAUGGGUCCACCAAUGGGAAUGCCGCCUGGUCGAGGAGCACCAAUGGGAAUGCCACCAGGAAUGCGACCCCCACCACCAGGAAUGCGAGGUCCUCCUCCACCUGGCAUGCGACCACCAAGGCCAUGAAAAUAAAACUAACAAGAUGUUCGGGCUGAUCGACCACAUGGGAAUGUUUGACUGCUGUGAUGGGGUGGUGUCCUGAGCAGCGACUUUCCAAAUCUUGGCAUCCAUAAUGGUGGUUGCAAUGCAAUCACUGAAAUUUCUGGGACUUUGAUGAUUCGAUUGACAUUACCACAGAACUGAUGAGAUUUGUGUUGCUUUUUAUUGUAAUAUUUGACAUUUUUAUUAAAACGUUUUGGUAAAAUGAAA